AUGCGAGACAUCCCGGGCUUUUAUUACGAUUCUGAGAAGAAGAAAUAUUUUGCGAUCCAGGCCAAUCAUGUUGCAACCUCCGGUGCAUCCUCUGGUGCAUCGGCAUCUUACUCUAAUGAAUCGGUUAAGAAACGAAAAAUCGAGCACGAGAAAACCAAGCAAAAGGCAGAGGUAGAGCAACGCAUUGCCAAAGAGCAGAUCCGCAGGGCAGCCAUUUUAGACCACCCACUAUUCCCAGCAAUGAGAGAGCUCGGCAAAGUUCACAUUGGCUCGUCGUUAAAAAACCAGGUGGCUCGAGGCUUUGCGAGUCAGUUGGAACGACGCAAACUGUACAAGUUUGGGUCCCUUGACGACAUCUCCGUCUACGUUAACAACGUUUUCCGAGAUUCUGUCACUGGGGCUUUGAUUGCAGGUGGCCAGCGUGGUUCUCAGUCCGCACUAACGAUUACUUAUCCAACAGUGCGUAUGAAUGAGGAAGAGCAUCUCUACGAUCCUGAAAAGGAGCGACUGCUUGCCAGCCGCCCAUACAGGCUUUCAUCAAUGUGUCUCAGCCCCGCAAACCAUAUGCUUGUGACCAUGGAUGACGGCCCCACCGGAGAUGCAUUCCUUGAACCUUGGAGAAUCCCCGAAGAGAUUUCUCUAGGCGAUGAAUACAUGGCCACGACAUAUGCAGCUGCUCCAGAAAUCCCCCUGCGCGCAACCCUUUUCUCCUCUGCCGCCGGUCCCCAGACGGAAAAGGCCACGUUCGCCAUCGGAACAUCAAGAGGAUUGUACACCCUCGAAGGCGCAGGUGACCGAUGGACUAUCACUAACCGGCCAUUUCCCAUCGGAGGAAGGCCUCGAAAACCCAACAGAGCGGACACUUGCAUAACGACAGUGGACUGGCUCUCCCCCAACGUCAUCGUCGCAGGACAACGAGACUCGGAAAUCUUCUCGUUCGACCUGCGGAGUGGUAAAAGUACCAAGGAGCUGCUAUUUACGCGCCCCGUACUUAAACUCCGCACGGUCGACGAGCACAGAAUAGUGGUAGCAGGCAAGGAAUUUUUGGAAAUUUACGAUCUGCGCUACACGGCAAAGGAGAGGCAGCGCAACCCAGCGCACCACGCCUGGCCGCGAAUUGCACCUCGGCCAUAUCACACUUUCAGUGAUUACUCGCCUCGCUCGAUGCCGGUUUUCGACCUCGACCCCGAGCUUGGCCUUCUUGCAAGUGCCUCGCCUGACAAGAGGGUGCAGCUGUUCUCAACGCGGACGGGGACUCUAGUCGAGUCUCCGUUGGCAUAUAAGAAAUACAAGCACGAGGUCGAUUGCGUGCGAUUCGAAGAGAACGUGGGUACAGGAUUGCCGAGCUUGUUGGUUUGCGCGAACGGCUCGUUGAACGAAUGGAAGUGGUGA